AUGACUUUAGAUAGGAUCGUAUCUGAAUUUGAGGACUGUUAUGGUUCUAAACCUAAACUAGUGUAUGCGGCAGACGUAGAUUAUCGCAUUGAUAAGGGUCUAGUUCCCCUAAGAAAUCCUAAACAGUGUCAUAAGGUUCUUGAUUACCUAGAAUUACUUGGCUAUGAAGAGAUAAAUUUAUUUGCAGAUCAUGAAAUUGAUGUGAUGCCUACUUUUGUACCACUUGAGAUGUUUUUAGAAGAAGAUGAAGUUCUUGAUAAGGGGGUUGAGAAUACUGAUGCUGGGGUACAAUUAAAUGACUUGAUAGGAUUAGAGGAAGUGGAGGUAACUUGGGUAAAGGAAGGUGAGAUGAGUGAUGAUCUAGAUAAUACUCAGGGAGAGAGGGCUGGGAUAAAAAAGGGUGAGCAUGGUGAUGUAGAAGAUGGUGAGCAGGGUGAUGAGUUACCUGAGGUUGAAGAGGGAGAGAGGACUGGGAUAGAAGAGGGUGAGCAGGGUGAUGAGUUACCUGAGGUUGAAGAGGGAGAGAGGGCUGGGAUAGAAGAGGGUGAGCAGGGUGAUGAGUUACCUGAGGUUGAAGAGGGAGAGAGGGCUGGGAUAGAAGAGGGUGAAGGGAGAGGGCAUGGUGAUGAUGAGAAUUCAUCUGUAUAUAGUGAGUGUUGGGAGAGUGAUGAUGAGGUUAAAAGCUUAGAGCAGUUGGUUGGGAGUGUUGAAGGGGGAGAGGAGGGUAGUUUUGAAUUAGGAAUGACCUUUGCAGGGGCAAAGGAGGCUAGGGAAUCAAUCAAUGCAUAUGCUGUUAAAUUUGGGUACAAGUUAAAGUUCAUAAAGAAUGAAAAGACUAGGAUUAGAGUGGUUUGCAUAAAUGACCAAUCAUGUCCAUUUCUCAUGCAUGUCUCUAAAGAUGGGGACAUUGAAGGACUAGUCAUCAAGACUCUUGUGGCAGAUCACACCUGCUGCAAACAGAGGGAAGUCCCCAGUGCUAGUCAAACAUACUUGGCUAAGUACUUUAAAGAGGUACUCUACAGAAAUCCUAGGUUCACCUCUAAGGACAUGCAAGGUCAUGUAAAGGACCAUUUGAAGCUUCAUGUCAGUUUACACAAGUGUAAAAGGGCAAAAAAAGAGAUUAUAUGCAAGCUUGAGGGUAGCUAUAGAGAGGAGUUCAAUAGGCUGGUUGCCUAUUGUAAUAUUGUGAAAGAAUGUAUGCCUGGGAGUAAGAUGGAACUCCAACUAUCCACUGAGCAUCUGCAGAACCAAAGGAGAGUUUUUAAGAGAAUAUUUGUCCUCUUAGAACCUUGUAGGUUGAACUGGAUAGGGGGUUGCAGGCCAAUCAUUUCUCUUGAUGGUUGCCAUUUGAAAGGCAAGACAUUUGGUGUUCUGUUGACAGCAGUUGGGAAGGAUGGGAAUGAUGGAAUUGUGCCCAUUGCUUGGGCAGUUGUAAACAAAGAGAACAAGAACAAUUGGAGGUGGUUUCUGGGCUGGUUGAGGCAGGAGCUCAACCUUGGAACAGGUGAUGAGGUGACUCUUAUGUCAGAUAUGCAAAAGGGAUUGAUGGAGGCUGUGAAGGAAGUGACUCCUGCAGCUGAACAUAGGUGGUGUGCCAGGCAUAUUUAUGCCAAUUGGAGUAAGAAGUGGAGAGGAGAGGAGUUAAAGAAGCGGUUUUGGACUACUGCAUGGAGCUCAUAUGAGCAAGAGUAUAAGUUGAAUUUGGCCAAGAUUUCAGCUAUAAACAAGAAGGCAGCCGAGGAUCUACUCCACUAUCCUACUGAAAGAUGGUGCAGAGCCUAUCAAAGCACAAGGUGUUCAACCUACAUGGUGGAUAAUAACAUCAGUGAGUCUUUCAAUUCAAGUAUUUCUGAUGCUAGACAUAAGCCAAUAAUUUCAAUGCUAGAGGAGAUUAGGAUGUUGGUAAUGAGUAGGAUAAGGGAUAGGAAAGUGCUUGCUGAUCACUGGAAGAGUGAAUGGUGCCCUAAUGCAAUUAAACUGUUUGAGGCAAAUAGGGCAGCUAGUAUGGAUUGUAAUGUUCUCUGGAAUGGUGACUAUGGCUAUGAGGUGAAGGAGGGAGAUGACAAGCACAUAGUAUUUAUAGAUACUAAGAAGUGCAGUUGUAGGAUGUGGGAUUUGAGUGGCAUCCCAUGCCCUCAUGCCAUAGCUGCCUUUCACUCAAGUCAGUUGGACCCUAUGUCUGUGAUGAGUAAAUGGUACCAUAGCUCGAUGUAUAGGAAAGCUUAUGAGAAUGCUAUACAGCCAAUACCUGGGAAGAAACUUUGGGAUUAUCAGUUUAAAGACAUCAUUGAAGCUCCACCAGUUGAGAAGAAGAUAGGGAGGCCCAAGAAGAAUAGGGUAAGAGCUCCAAAUGAGCCCAGAUUGAAACACAAAUUGUCAAGGAUUGGUAAAACACAACACUGCAGCAUUUGUGGAAGUGCAACCCACAAGAAACAUAACUGCCCUAACAGGCCUACACAGGCUUCAACAUCCACAAACAUUGGCAAGAAGCAGAAAGGUCAAGUUAGGGGAAUUGGUCUAUAUGUCAAGAUGGAUACAGGAAAGCAGAUUCUAAAUCUUGGAGGAUCACAAUCAAUUGUGAUCAAUGAAGGCUCACAAAAUGAAGCAGAUCCAAUGACAAGGUUCCCAAUACCAAACGAAACAGAGAUAAAGAAGCAAAAGAGAAAGAGAGGUGAAGGCAGCUCCACUGGAGACACAGUGCAGGGAAAGAAACAACCAAGAAAACCAUUCAAAGCUCCAAGAGUGCAGACAGUGGCUGUGGAGCAACAACAAGUCCUCAGAAGGAGUCCAAGAGGAAAGAAUGUUAUCUCAACUAUUGGCUCAACAACCACUAGUUGAGCUACCAUUUAGAAUUUGUGUAUUGACAGAGCUAAAACUUUGUUUUCUUUUGUUUGUUUUUGGAAUUCAGCUAGACAAUGAGCUUCCAUAUUAUGUUUUUGUUUCAAACUCACAGCUUAUGACUAUGGCUUGAAUUUGUUGGGAAUGAAUUUGCAGUCAAUUUGGUGUUUA